AUGAACAAAUUACUAUCGAUUGUCGUUUUGUUGGCCGUGGCUGUUUGCUCGUGUCAUUCCAUCUCGGAUCGUAGAAGCAUCAGAUCAGCAACGCCCGAGGUUUCUGGCGACAUCGACCCGAUCACUGCUGACGCCUUCGCACCACGUGAUUCAGCAGCUGCAGAGACUGUCGAUGUGUUUACCACAGCCAGGGGCAAGAAGGGCGGCAACAAACACAAGAUGGAGAUGAUGCACAUGGGCCUGAGCUACGUGAAAAUGAUGCUUAGCACGCUGAUGGCGGCCAUCGGGCACUUGUUCGCGUUCAAGGGCGUCGGGCUGAGCCUGAUCAGCGUGCUCAUCCAGAUCGCACAGUUCAUCAUGGUGCUGAAGAAGAACCGGGAGAGCCAGCCGCCGUCGUACAAGAUCAUCGAGACCCCGUGGCACACGUCGCCCACCGAGUCGUACGGCGUUUACGGUUCGUACGCCAGCCACGCCAAGUCAUCGGCCGCGGUCAACUACUCGCCGUACGCCGCGCCGCAGGUCAGGAGACGCCGGUGA